CUCCACUCUCUCCUCCCCUUCAGCUGAUCAGCUCGCCACGUCACCGUCACCGCCUCGCCUCGCUUGCUUGUCGUGGUGCAGCAUCCAACCUAGUAGUAGUGGUAGUAGGCUAGGCUAUAUCCGCCUCGGCCACCGCCGGGUUCGCCUCCAGUGCUCGCCGCCUCCGCCGCCGCCGGUGUCCAUGGCCGUGGCCCUUGCCGGCGCGAGAUCCCCAGGAGCGGGCGCGAUCCUCAGCCUCCGCCGCCUCGCCCCCGCCGCCGCGGCGCCCGUACGUCUGGGCGGAAGCGGAACCCCAGGCACCCGGCGCCGCCGCGGCAUCGCCAUGGCGGCAGCUGCGUCCGCCCCGCCCGCGCCCGCCGAUGCCCUCCCCAAGGGUGCUGAUUCAUUUUUCCGGACAGUUAUCUCAAACAUGGAGAAAGUAUAUCUGAGCAGAAAUCCAACUGCCAAAACCAUCCUGGAACUUGUUCGUUCUUAUGAUGGGGACCACAUUUGCUAUGAUCAUUUUGCUUUCAGAACAUUUGGAGUUGAUGGUUAUGGUAUAAAAUCACUUGCUGAAUUUUUUACUGACUUUGGUUAUGUCCCUCGUGAAGAACUAAGGUUUCCAGCAAAAAAGUUAAGAGCACUAUGGUUUUCUCCUCCCACCAAUGAUGGAUACACUGGAACUGGUGUUUAUGGGCCUUUGCCAAGGAUAUUCAUUUCAGAACUACUUGUGGAUGAGUUGAGUCCUCAGAGCCAGGACAUCAUUCAAAAAUACAUUAGAACUUCUGGUAAAGGAAAUAAACAUGCAACUCUUGCAAGUACAUCAGGGGAGCUGACAUGGGAGAAGCCCAUUUAUUCUGAUUUCCAAGUUUUAUCUAGGGAAAGUGAAUAUGCUGCAUGGACUCUUGUUAAUGGCUAUGCACUAAAUCAUACCACAAUUUCCACUCAUCGCUUGAUAUCAGAUAUUAGAAGUAUCAAUAAGUUCAACAAAUUUGUGGAGGACAAUGGGUUCAAGUUAAAUUCAGAAGGAGGGAUUUUGAAAGUGAGUCCUGAUGGUCUCCUCCAGCAAAGCUCAACUGUAGCUGAUUCAGCGUUGUUUACUUUUGCUGAUGGAAUCACUGAAUCCAUUCCACGUUCCUAUAUUGAAUUUGCUGAACGCCUGGUACUCCCACAGUUCAAAGAUUUGCCAAAUGAUGAGGUCAACGAACACCACAGGCGCGAUGGUUUUGAGGUAGGGAAUGCGGACAAAAUAUUUGAGAGCACAUCAAAUGAUCAGCUUACACGGAGAUCUGCAUAAACGUUGAAGUCUCAACUAUUCUGGAAGCGAGUCAUGCCUCUUGGAAGCGUAUUGAAGGAGUGUUCUCUGUGAUAACUGUAUCUACCUGGGUAAAUUAAAACAUUAGAAUGAAUAAACUGUUCGAUGUAUAUCGCUCUCUUGAAUAAAGAAAUUACUAGUUAUCUCUACA